GGUGAAGUAGAAGAAGCGCUUCUGGGGCGCUUCAAUCGGCGAAGGACAAAGGAACUAAAGUUCUAUCGCUUAAAUCCUUCGUGAAAAACGUGGGAGAAGGUGACAAGUUGCUGAACCAAAACAAACGAAAUUAACGAGUUCACGGAACUCCUACCGUCGCUGAGGAAUUGAGGUCGUUCUAAGAGAGAGAAUCUUUUGCAAGAAAGUGAAAACGUUUCAGCAAUUACCUCAUCACUUCGGCCAUCUUGUUGAAGCAAAGAGAUGGCUUUCGCGUCUGGGUCACCAGCUCCCUUACGGGACGUGAAAUUGGUGCAGUUUGGUGUACUGAGUCCAGAUGAAAUAAAACAAAUGUCAGUUACUACCGAAGGCGGCGUGAAAUACUCCGAAACGAUGGAGGGAGGAAAGCCGAAGCUAGGUGGUUUAAUGGAUCCUCGACAGGGAACAAUCGACCGUUUCUCUCGUUGCCAAACUUGCGCCGGAAACAUGACUGAAUGUCCCGGUCACUUCGGACACAUAGAGCUGGCAAAACCGGUGUUUCACGUCGGCUUCUACAAGAUGAUAAUCAAAUGUUUGAGAUGCGUUUGCUUCUAUUGCUCAAAACUCCUUGUCGACGGGAACAAUCCUAAAGUGAAAGAAAUUGUAUCAAAGUCUCGUGAUCAACCAAGUAAGCGUCUACAACACAUCUAUGACUUGUGCAAAGGGAAAAAAAUCUGUGAAGGUGGUGAUGUUGUUGAUGAUAAACAACAGUCCGUAGACUUGGAUGAGGCUGAGAAAAAGAUGAGUCAUGGUGGAUGUGGUAGAAACCAGCCACAGAUCAGAAGAAGUGGUCUUGAUCUUACUGCGGAAUGGAAAGAGGUGAAUGAAGACUCACAGGAGAAAAAGAUUCCACUCACAGCAGAGCGUGUGCAUGAAAUAUUUAAAAGAAUUUCUGAUGAGGAAUGUGAGAUUCUGGGAAUGAACCCCAAGUUUGCACGUCCUGAUUGGUUGAUUGUGACCGUUCUUCCAGUUCCACCUUUGGCUGUAAGACCUUCCAUUGUUAUGAGUGGUUCUGCUCGUAGUCAGGAUGACUUAACCCACAAGCUGUCAGAUGUUGUGAAGGCAAAUGGUAAUCUUCGGAGAAAUGAACUUAAUGGUGCUGCAGCGCACAUCAUUGCAGAAGACACUAAAAUGCUCCAGUAUCAUGUGGCAACACUUAUAGACAAUGAAAUCCCUGGUCUGCCCAGGGCCAUGCAAAAGUCUGGACGUCCAUUGAAAUCAGUGAAACAGAGACUGAAGAGUAAAGAAGGCCGUAUCAGAGGAAAUUUGAUGGGAAAAAGAGUUGACUUUUCAGCUCGUGCUGUCAUUACUCCAGACCCAAACUUGUCCAUUGAUCAGGUUGGCGUUCCACGUACCAUUGCUCAGAAUCUUAGUUUCCCUGAGAUUGUCACACCAUUCAACAUUGACAGCAUGCAAGAACUUGUGCGCCGAGGAAACAACCAAUAUCCAGGUGCUAAGUACAUCAUCAGAGACAAUGGAGAGCGUAUUGAUCUCAGGUUCCACCCCAAACCAAGUGAUCUCCAUCUUCAGUUUGGUUACAAGGUGGAAAGACACAUCAGAGAUGAUGAUGUGAUCAUUUUCAAUCGACAACCCACUCUUCACAAAAUGUCUAUGAUGGGACACAGAGUUAAAAUCCUGCCUUGGUCAACAUUCAGACUUAAUCUCAGUGUUACCACACCAUAUAAUGCUGACUUUGAUGGUGAUGAGAUGAACUUACAUGUACCUCAGUCCCUCGAGGCACGUGCUGAAAUCACUGAGAUCAUGAUGGUGCCAAGGAACAUUGUUACACCACAGUCCAAUAAACCUGUCAUGGGAAUAGUGCAGGAUUCUUUGAUGGCUGUCAGAAGAUUCACCAAAAGAGAUGUUUUUCUGGAAAAGGAUGCCAUGAUGAACCUCAUGAUGUGGAUCCCUGAUUGGGAUGGUAAGCUGAUACAGCCUGCCAUUCUCAAGCCUCAGCCAUUAUGGACAGGGAAACAGAUCUUCAGUAUGAUUAUUCCAGGAAAUGUCAAUAUGAUCCGUACACACAGUACCCACCCAGAUGAUGAAGAUAGUGGUCCAUAUAAACAUAUUUCACCUGGAGACACUAAGGUUCUCAUUGAGCAUGGUGAGCUUAUCUCUGGCAUCUUAUGCAAAAAAUCCCUUGGAACUUCGUCAGGAAGUUUGGUCCACAUCGUGGCAGUAGAAUUGGGGCAUGAGGUGGCGCGCAUGUUUUAUGGGAACAUCCAGACUGUUGUGAACAACUGGACUUUGAUUGAAGGACACAGUAUUGGUAUUGGUGAUUGCAUUGCUGAUAAUGAAACUUAUGAUGAAAUUCAGCGACAGACAAAGAAAGCCAAGGCGGAGGUGAUUGAGGUGAUUGAGAAAGCUCACAAUAAUGAUCUUGAGCCCACGCCAGGUAACACACUGCGACAGACUUUUGAGAAUCAAGUGAACCGUAUCCUCAAUGACUGUCGUGACAAAACUGGAGGAAGUGCUCAGAAGAGCUUGUCAGAAUACAACAAUUUCAAGGCUAUGGUGGUGUCUGGUUCCAAAGGCUCCAAGAUCAACAUUUCACAGGUUAUUGCUGUGGUGGGUCAGCAGAACGUUGAAGGUAAACGGAUUCCAUUUGGAUUCCGCCAUCGGACACUCCCACACUUCAUUAAAGAUGAUUAUGGUCCAGAGAGUAGAGGGUUUGUGGAAAAUUCGUACCUUGCUGGCCUUACUCCAACAGAAUUCUACUUCCAUGCCAUGGGAGGCCGUGAGGGAUUGAUUGAUACUGCUGUUAAAACUAGUGAAACUGGUUACAUUCAGAGACGUUUGAUCAAAGCCAUGGAAGGGCUAAUGGUUGCGUAUGACGGAACAAUCAGAAACUCUAACAAUCAGAUGAUCCAGUUGAGGUAUGGUGAGGAUGGAAUGGAUGGUGCAGCAGUCGAGUUCCAGAAUAUGCCAACCAUAAAACCAACCAAUUCAGCUUUUGAGAAAAAGUUUCACUUUGAUUGCUCCAAUGAAAGGCGUCUGCGCCGUCUUCUACAGGAAGAUGUAGUGCGAGAUCUUUGCAGCAGUAACACAGCUCUUCAGGAUCUUGAGUCAGAGUUCAAUCAAUUACAAGAGGAUCGAGAAAUUCUUCGCAGAAUCAUUCCCUCAGGAAACUCCAAGGUGGCUUUACCAGUAAAUCUCGGUCGUUUGAUCUGGAAUGCACGGAAGACCUUUCAUCUUACCAAUAGAAAUCCGAGUGAUUUGCACCCUCUCAGAGUUGUUGAAGGUGUGCGUGAGUUGUCCAAGAAAUUAAUAAUUGUUCAUGGCGAGGAUCACAUCAGUAAACAAGCACAGUUUAACGCCACUCUGUUAUUCAACAUUCUCCUUCGUUCCACUCUGUGUACCAAGCGAGUGGCUGAGGAGUUUCACUUGUCAUCAGAGGCUUUUGAGUGGCUACUGGGAGAAAUUGAAACUCGCUUCAACCUGUCCAUGGUUAAACCUGGUGAAAUGGUUGGUGCUUUGGCCGCUCAGUCUCUCGGUGAACCUGCUACGCAGAUGACCCUCAACACGUUUCACUAUGCCGGUGUAUCUGCCAAGAACGUAACCCUUGGUGUUCCUCGGCUCAAAGAAAUCAUCAACGUGUCCAAGAAACCUAAAACUCCAUCCCUGACGGUGUUCCUCACGGGACAACCUGCCAGAGAUGCUGAAAAGGCAAAGGACGUGUUAUGCCGUUUGGAGCACACAACGUUACGUAAAGUCACAGCCAACACAGCAAUUUAUUACGACCCAGACCCUCAGAACACAGUAGUAACAGAAGACCAGGACUUUGUGAAUGUUUACUAUGAAAUGCCUGACUUUGACGUGACUCGGAUCUCACCAUGGCUUUUGCGUAUUGAACUCGAUCGUAAACGUAUGACGGACAAGAAGCUCACCAUGGAACAGAUCUCUGAGAAGAUAAAUCUUGGUUUUGGUGAUGAUCUGAACUGCAUUUUUAACGAUGACAACGCAGAGAAACUUGUCUUGCGUAUUAGGAUCAUGAACAACGACGAUGGAAAGUUCCAAGACGAGGAAGAACAGCUGGACAAGAUGGAUGACGAUGUGUUCUUACGCUGCAUUGAAGCCAACAUGCUGACUGAUAUGACCCUGCAGGGGAUCGAAUCCAUCUCUAAAGUGUACAUGAACCUGCCUCACGAGGACAACAAGAAACGAGUCACCAUCACAGAGGAAGGAGAGUUUAAACAUAUCUCUGAAUGGAUCCUGGAAACUGACGGUGUUGCGCUUAUGAGGGUGCUCAGUGAAAAAGACGUGGAUCCCGUGCGUACGACAUCCAAUGACAUCUGUGAAAUAUUUUCUGUGCUUGGAGUCGAGGCUGUGCGAAAGGCUGUUGAACGUGAAAUGAACCAUGUUAUCUCUUUUGACGGUUCUUACGUAAACUACCGUCACUUGGCCCUGUUGUGUGACAUAAUGACGUGUCGAGGACAUCUCAUGGCCAUUACAAGGCACGGUAUCAAUCGCCAGGAGGUCGGAGCGCUUAUGAGAUGUUCUUUUGAGGAAACGGUUGAUGUAAUAAUGGAAGCCGCACAGCAUGCAGAGCACGAUAAUAUACGGGGUGUCAGCGAGUGUUUGAUUCUUGGGAAACUCCCCCGCAUUGGAACAGGCUGCUUUGAUCUGAUGUUAGAUGCUGAGAAGUGUAAGUUUGGUAUGGAGAUCCCCACAAAUAUUAUGGGACCUGGGAUGAUGGGCGGACCUAUGACAGGCACUGGAAUGUUCUUUGGUGCUGCAGGAUCUCCAACAGCUAAGUCACCGCAGAUGACUCCUUGGAACAUGGGAGCCACACCCGCUUAUACCGAGGCGUGGAGUCCAGGACUAGGCAGCGGCAUGACACCAGGGGCUGCCGGAUUCUCUCCGGCAGCUUCAGAAGCUAGUGGCUUUAGCCCUGGAGGUUACAGCCCCGCUUGGAGUCCGCAGCCACAAUCGCCGGCGUCACCAGGUCCCAGUAGCCCGUAUAUUCCUAGUCCAGCGGCUGCAAGUCCAAACUACUCUCCAGCGAGUCCGGCAUUUAUGCCCAGCUCUCCUUCCAUGUCACCGGCAAGUCCGUCUUAUUCGCCGACGUCUCCUGGUUAUUCCCCCAGUUCUCCAUCAACCGGAUAUUCACCGGCAAGUCCCAGUUAUUCGCCAACUUCACCAUCCUAUUCUCCAACUUCUCCUUCGUAUUCUCCAACAUCUCCAUCUUACAGUCCAACAUCUCCAUCUUAUUCUCCCACAUCUCCUUCUUACAGCCCUUCUUCGCCAUCUUACUCGCCUACCUCGCCAUCGUAUUCUCCAAGCUCUCCUUCAUAUUCUCCCACUUCUCCUUCAUAUUCUCCAACAUCACCUUCGUAUUCCCCCACGUCACCAUCCUACUCACCAACCUCCCCGUCUUACUCCCCGACAUCGCCCAGCUACAGCCCGACCUCACCGUCGUAUUCGCCUACCUCGCCGUCUUACUCUCCCACUUCUCCUUCCUAUUCACCCUCAUCUCCAUCCUACUCGCCUACUUCCCCCAGCUACUCCCCUCAGUCGCCCUCCUACUCUCCAUCUUCUCCGUCCUAUUCUCCAUCUUCCCCCAAGUAUUCUCCAACGUCUCCCAGCUACUCGCCUACAUCGCCAAAGUACAGCCCAACAUCACCAACUUACUCGCCCUCUUCUCCUUCUUAUUCUCCUUCGUCCCCAAAGUAUUCUCCAUCUUCCCUCUCUUACACCCCAUCUUCUCCAACUUAUUCCCCUACCUCUCCAACUUACUCUCCGUCCUCUCCUCGCUAUUCUCCAACCUCUCCUCAGUACUCGCCCUCCUCGCCGCAGUACUCACCAUCAUCCCCGAAGUACAGCCCAAGCUCCCCAAACUAUUCCCCAAAUUCUUCAUCGUUUACGCCGGCAUCGAAUCCAAGCAGUCCAAGCUAAUCUAAUUACAACCCGGCGGGGGAUAGACCGUCACCUUCACUUCAAUAUACACCUUCAGCUCAAUAUCGUGAACAAAGCGCGAGAAAAUUUUGUUUUGAAACCUUUGGAAGAAGAACAAAGAUCUCGUCGGGUAUUAACAUUCCGAAGGGAGAAAAUCCUACUAUUGAUUACAAUAUACCCUAAGUCAUUUUAUGGUAGAACACAGAGUGUAUGUUGAGACAAGAAGCCCUCUGUGUAUGAACUUAGAUCUAAAGAGGAGCGCGUUUACAGUGCACCGCUAUCGGAUCACUGUAGGCGUGUUGCUUUAGCGUUAAACUCACGAUAACUCGCGUUUGUAAUGAUGUCAAUGUGAACUAAGAACUCCUUUUUUGGUUGUGUAAUUUAGAGAUAACACUAAGGAGGGCUGAUUUUUACGUCACAACGACGUUGCCUUCAAUAAGCUCAUCACACAAAUCACACUGCGUAGAAUGAGCCACGCUAGCUACAAUAGCUGGUUCGUCAAAGUUAGUGUCAGAAUGCGUUAUUUCUUCUGUGAGAAGUGUUCGUAACAUCAAAUGGAACCUUUGUAGCAAGAUUCAAUACCAAAAAAGUAAUGAUAUUAGUCGUAAGAUAUUUGAUGAUGUCACGUAGAUUCUCAGCUAAAAAAAAAGCAAUACACAUAGGUUACCAUAGCAAAUGUUCAUUGAUUACGUAUUGAAGUAAUUUGAUGUAGUGUUUCAAGUUUGUACUUAAGGCUCAGUUGAAUCAGUUGCUACUUGAUUUCCUUUUUUAUAAGUUCCGGAGACAACGUACAGUUAAUCAGUUAGAGCUGAUAUUAUAAAAAACGAAAAAAUAUAAUUAAAAAAAGUAGAUAAAACAUUCAACAAAAAGAUAGGUAAAAAGAUACUUGGGAAACAGUUAGUGCUUGUGAAUUGUUGAGUCUUUACCUGGCGUGUAACGACGCGAAACAAGAUUAUAUCUAGUCAAAUUUUGGCUUAGCCUACAUCUAAAGACAGUAUAGUAAAUAAUUACCUGGACGUAAGGUGGACUUAAUCCCGUGAAGCAGUAGAUAAAACGGAGGUAAUUUAUUUACCUUAGCGAAUUUAAAAUUCCCAUCAGUGUUACGAAUUAGGAGUCCAAGUUUUUUGCUGCCUCAACAAGAGGCGAAAUUUUUCUCGGGCCGUGGUACUCUUUCAACAUGAGGAACCGUGACGUUUGCAUAACGAGUCUAGAUCGUUUAAGGUUACAUCCUAGACUUUAAAGUAUAGCUAUCUUAGAUGAAAGAUUUUCUCGUUCAAUGAAAUGUUAAAUCGACACAUUAAAGCUGAUUUUUUACGAUGGUGUAACCGAUCUGAAAUAGUUACUUACUGAUUUAUAGUUAAAUAAACUUUAAUGC